CUUCAAAAGUCAGUGUCACGUUUAACAAACGGAGCUCAUACAUUAUUCACACGAACUAAGCUUCAGUUUUCUCAAUCUCAUUGCAGCCAACGCAAACUCAUACUGCAGAAAUUAAGAGACGGAGAGAAAAAAUUACAGCUCCUGAUGGGGAAGGGAAGAACAACGAUCGAGGUUGGAGCUGAUGGGGUUGCUCUCAUCACCAUCAUCAAUCCUCCUGUUAAUUCUCUCUCUUUUGAUGUGUUAAGGAGCCUGAAAGAGAGUUAUGACCAGGCCUUACACAGAGAUGAUGUGAAGGCAAUUGUUGUUACAGGAGCCAAGGGUAAGUUUUCUGGUGGCUUUGACAUUUCUGGUUUUUCCGGAGUUCAAGAAGGAAAAGCGGAGCAGUCGGGUGGUGCUAUAUCAAUAGAGAUUCUAACUGACACUGUAGAAGCUGCAAGAAAACCUUCAGUUGCUGCCAUUGAGGGACUUGCCUUGGGUGGAGGUUUAGAGGUUGCAAUGGCCUGCCAUGCACGGAUAUCAACCCCUACUGCACAGUUAGGCCUUCCUGAACUUCAACUAGGAAUCCUUCCUGGAUUUGGAGGAACACAGCGACUUCCACGUCUUGUUGGUAUUACAAAGUCCCUUGAAAUGAUGUUGACUUCAAAACCAGUUAAAGGGGAGGAAGCUCAUGAUUUGGGCCUUGUGGAUGCCGUUGUUGCACCGAGUCAGUUGAUAAGCACUGCACGUCAAUGGGCCCUGGAUAUCUUGGAACGUAGAAGACCGUGGGUUGCUACUCUUUACAAGACUGAUAAGUUAGAACCCCUUGGGGAGGCAAGGGAAAUAUUCAAGUUUGCAAGGGCUCAGGCCAGGAAGCAGGCUCCAAAUCUUAAACAUCCAAUAGUCUGCAUUAAUGUUGUUGAAGAGGGUGUGGUUUCUGGUCCUCGGGCAGGACUCUUGAAGGAAGCUGAAGCUUUCCAAGAACUUGUACAUUCUGACACCUGCAAAAGUUUGAUUCAUAUCUUCUUUGCUCAACGUGGAACCUCAAAGGUUCCUGGGGUAACUGAUCUUGGUUUGAUGCCACGACGAGUGAAUAAGGUUGCAAUUCUUGGUGGAGGAUUAAUGGGCUCUGGAAUAGCUACUGCAUUGAUUCUUAGUAGUUAUCCUGUGAUUCUGAAAGAAGUAAAUGAGAAGUUCUUGGAGGCUGGGAUCAAUAGAGUCAGAGCCAAUCUGCAAAGCCGUCUCAAAAAAGGACAAAUGACCCAGGAGAAGUUUGACAAGACCAUGUCUCUCCUUAAGGGUGCUUUGGACUAUGAGAGCUUCAAAGAUGUUGAUAUGGUCAUUGAGGCUGUUAUUGAAAAUGUUUCUUUGAAGCAACAAAUUUUUGCUGAUCUUGAAAAAUAUUGUCCACCACAUUGCAUACUUGCAAGUAACACUUCCACAAUUGACUUGAAUUUGAUCGGUGAGCACACCAAGUCCCAGGAUCGGAUUGUUGGAGCCCAUUUCUUCAGUCCGGCUCAUAUCAUGCCACUCUUGGAAAUCGUUCGUACCAAUAAGACUUCUCCCCAAGUGAUUGUGGACUUACUUGAUAUUGGUAAAAAGAUAAAGAAGACUCCAGUUGUGGUCGGUAAUUGCACAGGCUUUGCUGUCAACAGAAUGUUUUUCCCUUACACACAAGCUGCUUUUUUGCUUGUUGAACGUGGAACAGAUCCUUAUCUGAUUGAUAGAGCAAUUACCAAAUUUGGAAUGCCAAUGGGUCCUUUCAGAUUGGCUGACCUUGUUGGUUUUGGAGUGGCAAUUGCAACUGGCAUGCAAUUUAUCGAGAAUUUCCCUGAGAGAACUUAUAGAUCAAUGAUUAUCCCAAUAAUGCAAGAGGAUAAAAGAGCAGGUGAAACCACCCGCAAAGGAUUCUACUUGUAUGAUGAUAAACGCAAAGCUAGACCAGAUCCUGAACUAAAGAAAUACAUUGAGAAGGCUCGGAGCAUUUCUGGUGUUGCCAUUGACCCAAAGUUUUCUAAAUUACCAGAGAAGGACAUUGUGGAGAUGAUAUUCUUCCCAGUGGUUAAUGAGGCCUGUCGAGUAUUUGCCGAAGGUAUUGCAGUCAAAGCUGCUGACCUUGAUGUUGCUGCUGUUAUGGGCAUGGGUUUUCCACCUUACAGGGGAGGUAUCAUGUUCUGGGCCGACUCUCUUGGAUCCAAGUACAUCUAUUCAAGAUUGGAGGAAUGGUCAAAACUGUAUGGAGAUUUUUUCAAGCCUUGUGCUUUCUUGGCUGAAAGAGCAGCCAAGGGAGCUCCUCUGGUGGGUAAUCUGAAACACAACAUCUUUUUUUGUUAUCAUUAAAAUGCAAAGGCCAUUAAUUUUGAUGCCAUCCAUUCUAUAAAUUUAAUAGGGUCAGUUAAUGCCUUAAUCAUCGUGUCACGGCUAGGAUCAUCUAAUGGGCCCUCUUAGUUUUAGGACAGCCAAAUCUUUAGAGAAGAGCCAAUUGAUUGUUAGCUACUUGAUUUCCAUUCAUUGAACGGCCAAAAUUUGUACCCAUUUGUUUCCACUAGGUAAUAAAAUUAAAAAAUUGGGACCCAUGACCCCUUUGAUCUCCUGGCUGUGCAUGCUGCAUGUCACAAAGUGGACCACCGAAUUUCUCAGCCAGAGACUACUAACUUUUACUGUGUUGUUGCUAUAGUUUUAUCUUUAAUACAUUUUAGCUUUACCUAAUAUCAUUUGCGGUGAUUGUUGCAGAGUGCUCCGUUGGAACAGACCAAGUCAAAAUUAUAACUGUACUAGCUCGUUGUAGUGGGGCUUUGGUUCAGAUGUUUGUUUCUUGCAUGCCUGUGUUUUACAACUCCGAUGCUGUAAUAUAUACUCGAGGAGCCAAAUAACGUUGAGAUAAUAAAGUGAUGUAAGAUGUUUAGCAAAUGGCCUGGACAUCUCGAAAUGUAGUCUCAUAGGCAUUCUUAAAGGCAAAAUAUUUUACUUUCAGCUCUCUUACUAUUGCCCUUUUGCUGUCAACCCGGAAAAUAGUUACUAAUGAGCAAAAAUUGGAAUCUCUUGUGCA